AUGGGCUGUGCCUCCGCCAAGCAUGUUGCCACUGUUCAAAAUGAAGAGGAAGCCCAGAAAGGGAAAAACUACCAGAACGGAGAUGUGUUUGGCGAUGAGUAUAGGAUCAAACCAGUGGAAGAGGUCAAAUACAUGAAAAAUGGGGCUGAAGAUGAGCAGAAAAUAGCAGCCAGGAAUCAAGAAAACUUGGCAAAUUCCUCCUCCAUACAGAGUGCAGUCCUCUUUAGCUUGUCAGCAUGUUGUUGUCACAACUUGUUGGAGGAUCAUCAGCUUAGCCAGUUAGAGCUGCGUGACUGA